AAAUUCCCACACCCAUCAGACCUCGGAGUCAGCUAAAACAAGAGACAGAAUCACAGAGGGAGACCUGCGGUACCUCUCCCUCCAAGGCUCCAACCACCACCAAAGGGAAAACCAAAUUUUCUGCAACCACAAUCAUUUCACGGAAGAGUAGCCCAGAUUCUCGCAGAUACCCCUAUAUAGCACCAGUGUACGAAUAUAUGCAUAUUGGUCUGUAUCAGUAUAUGUUGUUUGGAUUAUAGUUGCUUUCCAAAUUCGUUCGGCUGAGAUAAUGCAAGUGAGAUGGCGAAACGUUUUGAUUCUCAAGAAUUCUGUUAUUCAAUCAACGUCAGUGGCAUCAUCACCUUCGUUGACCCAUUUGGCUUCGUUUCACUCCACGCCCAUUUCAUAUGAGAAAUGGAAAAGCAAAUGGAAUUUCGUGAAUUAUGAUGCGAAACGAGGUCCACAGCCAACAAAGGUAUUGAAACUUUCCAUUAAGCUUUCAGAUUCCUAUACCAUACGACAUGAAUGCCUGUCACUGGUUCCCCAGAAUCAUAUCAAAUAUGAAAUUCGUCAAAAACGUGCUGACGCAAAAAGAGCUCUAAAAGAUCUUCUCUUCAACAGUGGUGCCCCUAAAAUUACAGCUGAGAAUUACUCCUCAAGGGUGGAAGAAACAACCAGCUGGAACACUGAGCAUGCAGAUCAUUCUGACAGUUCGGAAAAGAAAAGUAGAUCAAAGUCUUCUGCUCGACGUGCCAGUAAAGCUCAAGCCAAGAGAAUGAAACGGAAGUUUAGACAAGAAAGUUUCUCUGAUGAUUUUGAUGCACAUCCUGAGAGAAUGUUUCAAGCAAAAUUUGGAAACAGAUGGUAUACUUGGUCAUUCAAGUUAGGGGAAGAGUCUCAUAAUCAAACUACAGCAAAUGGAUUUGAGUGGAGAGACCAUACAAACUGGACUAACAGUAAAUAUAGAGAUUGGCGGAACACUAGUGAUAUCGAGUCUGAUGAUGAGUUGUGUGUUGUUGGUUCAUCUGCUGACAGAACAAUACUUGGUCUACCUCCUAAAGGUCCUUUAAAGAUAGAAGACGUCAAAAUUGCUUUCCGCUUGUCCGCUUUAAAGUGGCAUCCUGAUAAGCAUCAAGGCUCCUCACAGGCAAUGGCAGAAGAGAGAUUCAAGCUGUGUGUCGAUGCUUACAAAUCACUUUGCAGUGCGCUUUCCUCAGCUUAGGUUUUUCAGCUGGUUCUGAUUUCCAUGGCUCUUAAGGACGUUUUCCUAGCAAAUUGAGCUCCGGUUGCAAAGUAGUGGGUAAAUUAUUUUUUUAGCAGUCAUACGGGUCAAUUUCUUCGUAAGAUGUUAUUCAAAGCAUAAAAGUGCCAUGUACCAUUCAACCUGUCAGGUGUUCUAGGAACUAGGUUUUUCCAUUUGCUGAGACACCCAUCGUAACCCCCCGAGAAUGAGACUUUUAUUUUCUUUUAGGGAUCAUUAGAAUAACAUCACAUUAUAACAUUUAUAGGAGGAGGGAAGUGUGAGGAAUAGGGCUAGUGCUCUGCUUGAAUGUAUUUGGUUCAAAAAGCAGGGUUUUUUUUUUUUUUUCAUGGCAAGGUUUGUGUAUUUAAUUGCUAGUGUGUAUGUACCAUUGAAUUGAUCAGACUACAAGUGGUGGGAAACCCAUUUGGAGUCUGGACAGUGGAUUAUGUAAUCAAGUGGUGGGAAACCCCUUUGGAGUCUGGACAGUGGAUUAUGUAAUCAAGUGGUGGGAAACCCCUUUGGAGUCUGGACAGUGGAUUAUGUAAUUUGGUGGAAACAUUUUUUGGGCCGUUAAGUGAAUAAAA